AUGGCUUCUGAGAAACAUCUCUCAUCUAGCCCUGUUUCUGGAGGGGAGUAUGCCCCACCUCCACCGCAGGAUGUAUCUGCGUGGAAGAAGGUGUUAUAUUAUCUGUGGGACUCUGAUCAGUACCUGAAAUCACCGGAGGAGAGGCAUAUGUUAAGGAAAUUGGACUGUGGCAUGUUGCUUUACGUAUCUGGGAUGAAGGAGGAUCUUAACAUCCAAGGAAAUGAAUACACAUACAUGAGCACUUGCUACAUCAUCGGUUUCGCGAUUAUGCAAAUACCUGCCUCAUUCAUUGUCCUCAAAGUCAGGCCCUCGUACUUUCUUUUCGUUUGUGAAAUCGGUUGGACCAUAUUCACCUUCGCACAAGCUGGGGCCAAAACCUCUGGGAUGAUGUAUUUCUUCCGCUUCAUGGUUGGCCUCUUCGAAUCCGCCUUCUCUCCCGUUAUCAUCUUUCUGAUGGGAUCUUGGCAACUAGCAAAACGUCUCGCAAUCUGGCAUCUCACAGGUUUUGUUGGCCAAGCCGUCUCGGGUUUCUUGCAAGCGGCUAUCUACAACACCUUGGACGGUAGGAACGGGUUGGCGGGUUGGAGAUGGCUUUAUAUCAUCUGUGGACUUAUGUCUACGCCCGUCGCCCUGUUCUGUCUAUUCGUCCUCCCAGACUAUCCGACCAACUGCAAGAUCUGGUACAUCACGGAGCAAGAACGUCAAAUCGCGCUCCGCCGUUCCGUCAAUGCCGGAAGGACGGAGGUGACGGGUCAUGUCUCCACGGCACUUUUCAAGAAAAUGUUCGGCAGGUGGAAAUGGUGGUUGCUCGUCAUUGCGUAUCUGUUCUACGGUUCUUCGUGCCAGGCCAAUAGCUACUUCGCCAUUUACCUAAAGGCGAUGGGAUACUCUGUUACGGAGAGGAAUAUCAUCCCCGCAGGCGCAAACUUAGUCUCAGCUGCUACGACGUUCAUCUACGGCUUCGGGUCUGAUCUUACCCGUAAUCGCUUCUAUUGGAUCCUCUGCCCUCUCAUCUUCGUUCAAUGGACAGGAAAUGGCAUCCUUGCGGUAUGGCCUGAUAAUCACCAGGCUCGCUUUGCUGCCUUCUUCAUUUGCUCUGCGGAGUAUAUGACCGCUGUAUUCUGGACUUGGGCGAACGAGGUGUGUAACUCUGAUGCUGAAGAAAGGGCGAUCACCAUCGCGUCCAUGAACGGUGUUUUCUAUGCUUGCAACGCUUGGAUACCAAACGUUAUUUUCCAGCAGACAGAUGGACCCACGUUCCGAAAAGGUUUCCCAGCGACUUGGGCUUUCGGGGUCAUGGCCGUCAUCUUUGUCGUGCCUGUUGAACUCCUUCACAGACGCGAAGUGUUACUAGAAGCACAGUCCAAAGACCACGGUAAAGAUGAAGAGUCGAAGUCAGUGGAUGGUGAGACGGAUUCGGCAGAAAAGGUCAAGGCUGGAGUCAUGGUGCAGACUUUAGCGAAGUAGUCACCUUACUCGGCGAACGACCCGUCGCAGUAGAUACUAGUUGAUUGGCAUGUCGU